AUGGCGGGGCAGCCCAUCAUCAUAUCCGCGCAGGAGCUCGACCGCAUUCGCGCCCAGGUCAGCGCUCCCGGCGCCAGCCUCGGCGACUCGAAGGCCCAGCAGCGGAAGAAGGCCGAGGAGCUCAGCCUGAUGUCUAAGGAGCGGGCGAAGUCCUGGAACAACACGCUCGAGGGCAGCCGGCGGAAGAAGGCUCAGGAGAAGAAGGAGAAGCUCGAGGCCCAGGAGCUGGAGCGGCAGAAGCAGGACGCCGAGGAGGCGAGGAUCCAGCUCGAGCAGCGCAAGGUGACGAUAGACCGCGCGAACAAGAUCCUUUACGACGAGUCUGACAGGAUGAAGGCUUCGGGGGCCUGCGGGGCAUCGGGCACCUGUUAUCAUGAACGUUGA